GGGGCGGGCUUGAGGGCGGCGCUUCCGGUCGGCGGAGCUAGGCGGCCCGAGCGGCGGCCGCUGCAGCCAGGACGCGGGGAUGGCGGGCGCCGCGGGCGAGGCUCGGUUCGCCGGGCUGUCGCUGGUGCAGCUCAACGAGCUGCUGGAGGACGAGGGCCAGCUGACGGAGAUGGUGCAGAAGAUGGAGGAGACGCAGACUGUACAGCUGAGCAAAGAGAUGACACUGGCCAGCAACCGGAGCCUGGCGGAGGGGAACCUGCUCUAUCAGCCGCAGCUGGACGCACGGAAGGCGCAUUUGACUCAGAGGUACCAGGAGCUGCAGGUCCUCUUCGAAGCCUACCAGAUAAAGAAGACCAGGAUAGAUAAACAGUCUAGCAGCGCUUCCUUGGAGACACUCCUGGCACUUCUUCAAGCAGAAGGGGCCAAGAUCGAGGAGGACACUGAGAACAUGGCCGAAAAGUUCCUGGAUGGCGAGCUCCCACUGGACGCAUUCAUUGACGUCUACCAGAGCAAGCGGAAGCUGGCCCACACGCGGCGCGUGAAGGUGGAGAAGCUCCAGGAGAUGGUGCUCAAGGGGCAGAGACCCCUGCAGGCCCUGGCCCCGCUGCCACCCAGGGUGCCUGAGGCUGUGCCCGCUGCCCUGGAUGCCAGCGUGCCCCCCUCUGUUGUGCCUCGGCGCGUCCCUCCCCCACCGCCCCCGGUGCCUGCAGGACGCCUGGCCACCCCUUUCACCGCAGCCACGGGCUCAGGACAGGCCCUUCCAUACUGCGCUCCGCAGUGCCCGCCCCUGCCACCUCGGGUGGGCCUGCCCCCACAGCAGGGAUUCUCUGCACAGUUGGUGUCACCGUACCCUCCGGCUCUGCCCCAGAGACCCCCGCCACGACUGCCUCCGCACCAGCCGGGCUUCAUCCUGCAGUGAGCGUGGCUCCUAUCCUCCCUUGGAUGCCCUCUGCCCACCACACUGCCUUCUACAGCGAGGCUUCCAGGUCGGGCUGUGGGGCAGGGCAGGGCUGGCUGCCUGCAGGGUCCGUCUGACUCCAGAACCGUACGUCCAUGCUAGUAGAAGUAGAGACCCAGGUUGUCGCUGCAAGGCUCUAUGUUGCCAGGCUGUGGCCUGGCCUGCCUGUGCGUCAUAUUGGUUUGCGUGCUGUGUGAUUGCUGAGUAUCAUAGUGUUGACAAACUCAUGCAUUUGGAAAGAGAAAAACUUCACCACCACUCCUAGUCAGAAUCCUGGUUCGCCCAUUGCAGCUUUAUUUAAUAAGCAUGGCUAAUUGUACCUGUUAUUUUCAAGACUGCUGUGCGUCUCACCCAUGGCUGGUGCUCCAUAGGUCUGGGAGAUGGCCAGCCUGGGGGUGCAGGGGUGGGGAUGCCCACUGGGCCACUGUACCUGCCUGCUCGGCUCAGUGUCCAGGGCAGGUUACCAUUUGUCCCCCUGCUCCUCAGGCCUCAAUGCCACAGUGCCACCCGUGUGGGGGCCACUGCUGUCCAGAGGCCACAAAGCUGAGCUUCUCUGGCCUGAGUCCCUGCUAGUCCUGCGAGUCAGCCCGGGGCUUCUGUGGGGAGAUCCUCCCCAGUGUUUUUACUACAUGUGUAAUUUUCCUGUUUUAUAUUGGGAAAGAACUUGUGACACAAGAUCAUUCAGGGAAACUUAAAAAUGCAAAUGCUGUUGAGAGCAGAUUGAGAUGCAGAUGAAACGAAUGCAGUCUCCGUUCAUAUACACUGCAUGGUUGCACGUGCGGGGGCCCGUGCUGUGCCUUACCUUUACCGGUGCCAGGCCUUCCUGGUGCCCACUGUAGGUGCCCUGGCCUGCAGGCUGGGCCAGGCUCACAGCUCAGUGAUUCUGGAGGCCUCGCCGCAUGCACUGUCCCGUGCCGGGGGGGAGGCGCCACCUUGGCCACCAGGCACCCUCAGCAGGGCAUCUGCCUCUAGCUGGCUGGUGCCAUACUCCAAGGUGGGGGUGCUCGGUGGGGCGGGGGGGGCAGGGAGGACCGUGGCCUGCCCCACCUGCAGGUGCCCCAUGUGUGGGUGCCAGGGUGCAGGG